AUGCGAACAGGUCGACCGGCAAAGUGGCAAAUAUUGCUUACUGAGUUCAACAUUGUAUAUGUUACUCGAACCACCAUGAAAGCCCAAGCUUUGGCAGAUCAUAUUGCUGAGAACCCUAUUGAUGAUGAUUAUGAACCAUUGAAGACAUAUUUCCCUGAUAAAAAGGUAUUGUGUAUUGAUGAAGUCAUUAUAGAUGUUGAUCCAGGUUGGAAGGUACACGGUGAUCUGAUACAUGCUCCUCCUGCUGAGUUGCAAACGAUAUCUGCUCCAUGUUCUUUUAUAGCUUGGGGAAUGGACGUUAUUGGAUCGAUCGAACCAAAAGCAUCAAACGGACAUAGAUUUAUUUUGUUGGCCAUCGAUUAUUUUACAAAUUGGGUAGCGAAAACUUUCAAGUCAAUGACAAAAAAGGCGGUGGUUGCUUUUGUUCAUGUUAGCAUCAUUUGUAGAUUUGGCAUCCCAAAGGUGAUCGUUACAGAUAAUGCUGCCAACCUUAAUAGUCAUUUGAUGCAAGAGGUAUGCCAACAGUUCAAGAUUGCUUAUCAGAAUUUCACUCCAUAUCAUCCAAAGGCAAAUGGCGUCGUAGAAACUGCCAACAAGAAUAUCAAGAAGAUACUACGAAAAAUGAUACAAGGAUCCAGACAAUGGCAUGAGAAGUUACCAUGUGCAUUGCUAGGUUAUCAUACUACCAUUCACACUUCAACAGGGGUAACUCUAUAUUUAUUAGUAUAUGGGACAGAAGCAGUCGUAUCUGCAAAAGUUAAAAUUCCAUCUCUUCGAAUUGUUGUGGAAGUAGAGAUCGAUGAUGAUUAG